CUGAGACAGGAUUGCUUGCAAACGAAAUUAAUCAAUUAAAUUUCUAGUGUUUUCAGGAGUUUUGUAUUUGCCAAUUUAUAAUUUAAAUAAUCAUGGAUUUGAAGGGUAAAAAUGUGAUUUAUGAAGGUGGCUUUGGCGGCAUUGGGCAGCAUUGCUUAAAGCAAUUCCUUGCCAAAGGCAUAAAGAACUUGGUUAUUUUCGACUUGAAAGAAAAUGCAGAAAUUUUGGAAAACUUGCGAAAAUCAUAUCCGCAGUCGAAAAUCUUCUUCGUUCAAUUUGACAUCACCAACAAGGACAGUAUUACGAAGGCUUUCAAAACUGCAGUCGAGAAAAUUGGUCAAUUUGAUGUGCUUGUCAAUGGGUGUGGUAUGAUGGAUGAUACAAAAGUGGACUUGAUGAUUGACAUAAACUUGAAAGGCUUGAUCAACAGCACACUCACCGCACUGCCCUACAUGGAUAAAUCAACCGGCGGUCGUGGUGGUCUAAUCAUAAAUAUAUCCUCUGUUGCCGGUUUAGAACCAACUUCUGCCGUUACAAUUUAUUCAGCAGCAAAACACGGUGUUACCGCAUUCACACGUGGCAUGGCAAACCCAGUUUUUUAUGAUCAUCAUGGCGUCAGUUUUAUCACCAUUUGUCCGGGCAUUACAGAAACAGAUCUCGUUGCGAACCCACAAACGAAGGCGACAUUCGAAUACGCGAAACAUUUAGCUGGAUUAUUGGACAUGGCUGCUCGGCAAGGUCCAGAAAUUUGUGCCGAGAACUUGGUGAAAGUAGCAGAGACCGGAAAGAAUGGUGGCGUAUAUAUGCUUGAUUUGGGGGAGAUCAAGGAAGUGACUUUCCCCGUCUUUUGGAAACCAGUUAUGAAGUCUUCAACUGAAAGUAGUUAAAAUAUUAUGCUAAAAAUUAUAAAAACAAAAUUAAAAUGGAAGGACUUUCGUAAACAAAAUAAUAUUCUUUAACAAUUAAGCUG